AUGGCACCCGCCUCCAGGAGCCACUCCCCGGCUAUCAUGGACGACGACGAUGAGGUUGAGCGGCGGAACAGCACGGCACGAUACCGCCGACCGUCGACCAUGAGCGGGGUCAGCUUUCUAGGCGACGUCGAAAUGGCCCAAGACGAGAUAUUCUCAGGGCCAAUGUCCGAGAGCGUCCCGACCGCGUCAAGCUCCUUUCACCACCGCCGAUCGCGAGCAGACUCCAAUGUCAGCUUCACCUACUACGAGGAAGACCGCGAUUUCGAUUCGGAGGAAUUCGCCGAAGAGGCGAUAUACGACGAGGAGGAUAGGCUAGAGAGUCAGAGCUUGAAUGGCGAAAACACGUUCUUGGAGCCAGAAAUUGAAUUCGACGACAGCACCGAGGAUGCUUCCCUGGAGUCGCGGCGACCGAGCAGAGGGAGCAGGAAAAGCUCCACAUACUCCCGCAGCUCACGUACUACAAAUGGCUCACGACCGUCUACUGAACAGCCGCUCUUGCGGCGGCAUCACUCUGGCGACUCCGAUGUCAGUGGCUUCAAAAUGGGCGGUCGCGUCAAUCAGAAAAUAUUCAUUCUCAAUGAAGACAUGACCAUAGUCGUAGCGGGCUUCACGACCUCCUUGAUCGGGUUCGCCGUCUACGUGUGCAUCUGUGUGUUGACCGGCGGAAUUGGAUAUCUCCUGUUCCGCUGGCUUCCCAAAUGGCACGUCCGGCUCACGGGGAAAUCUACACCACUUGCCAAAUGUGACUGGGUAGUCAUCGAAAAUCAGUGGGGGGAGAUGGCGGUCCAAGAUCUCAGUAAACAGGAGUUCGAUGGAUCGUUAUCCUCCGUCUUCGGACACAGCAGGGCCAAGAUGCAGGAGUAUGACGAGUAUGAUGACCCGGUCAUGGAUGAGCUGCGUAUUCUUGACUACCGCUACAUCCGAUUCUGCUUUCAUCCUGUGAAGGACAAGUUUGUUCUUGGGAAUACCUGGAAAGAUCCCACCUGGACAGACGUCACCGCAGUGAGAGCUGGUAUUGAUGGCGAGGAGCAGGAGAUUCGUGAGCGCAUCUUUGGAAARAACGCCAUUGACAUCGAGCAGAAGACCACGGGCCAAUUGCUUCUCGAUGAAGCGUUUCACCCGUUCUACGUCUUCCAGAUUGCCAGUCUCAUACUAUGGUCUAUGGAUGAGUACUACUACUAUGCCGGAUGUAUCUUUGUCAUAUCCCUUGUCAGUAUCGUUACUACACUCAUUGAGACUAAGGCGACUAUGAAGCGCCUGCGAGAUAUUGCGAGGUUCGAAUGCGAUAUUCGUGUACUUCGCGCUGGAUUCUGGCGAUAUGUGGAUUCCAGCGAGCUUGUACCAGGUGACGUUUACGAAGUCACGGAUCCAAACCUUGGGCAGUUCCCCUGCGAUAGCAUUCUGCUCUCCGGCGACUGCAUUGUCAACGAAAGCAUGCUUACUGGCGAGUCGGUGCCCGUUUCAAAGACUCCGGCCACGGACGAGACCCUCGACAUGCUCAACUUGGGAUCAUCAACCAUCCACGCAGAUGUUGCGAGGCACAUGCUGUUCAGUGGUACCAAGAUUAUUCGUGCCCGACGCCCACAAGAGGACAAGAGCGACGAGGCCGCUGCUCUUGCACUCGUUGUCAGAACCGGUUUCAACACAACUAAGGGUGCUCUCGUUCGCUCCAUGCUCUUCCCGAAACCGUCCGGCUUCAAGUUUUACAGAGACUCUUUCCGAUACAUUUCCGUCAUGGGUGGCAUAGCCGCCAUCGGCUUCAUAGCGUCCCUCGUCAACUUCAUCCGUCUGGGACUUGAGCCGCAUCUCAUCAUUGUCCGCGCUCUCGAUCUCAUCACAAUCGUCGUUCCACCGGCCUUGCCUGCAACGCUGACCAUUGGUACCAACUUUGCUUUGGCUCGUCUCAAGGGCAAGCAGAUCUUCUGCAUUAGUCCGCAGCGAGUGAACGUCGGUGGAAAGCUCGACGUCAUGUGUUUCGAUAAAACUGGUACGCUCACGGAAGAUGGCCUGGAUGUCUUGGGUGUGCGUGUGGUAUCUCGUCCGGCCAACAGGUUCGGUGAGAUCCUCACAGAGACCUCCACCCUUCUUCCCGGUGCUACAUACGAACGAGAUCCAACCAUGGACUACAACGCCAACAAGGCUAUAUUGUAUACCAURGCUACUUGCCACUCUCUGCGCAUUGUCGAUGAUGAAUUCAUCGGAGAUCCUCUCGAUCUCAAGAUGUUUGAGUUUACCGGCUGGCAAUACGAGGAGGGCGCAGAGCAUGCUGGGAAUGGCGACGACGAUGAAGAGCUCUCCCUGUCUCCUUCAGUAGCUCGACCGCCACCGGGAAUGGAGUUCGACAUCGACGAGGACCAAGCAUCACCAAACAGCAGGCGAGCCAUCGAGCUGGGGGUACUCAAGACUUUCGAGUUCGUUUCGCAGCUUCGCCGUGCCAGUGUCGUUGUUCGUCAAUUUGGCGAAAAGAGCGGUGACGUUUAUGUGAAGGGAGCGCCCGAAGCCAUGAAAGGAAUAUGCCGGCCAGAGAGCUUCCCUGCGGAUUACGAUGAUUUGCUGGCGUACUAUACCCACCGCGGAUACCGUGUCAUCGCAUGCGCAACAAAGCACAUAUUCAAGCUCAACUGGUUGAAGGUCCAGAAGAUGAAGCGGGAGGAUGCCGAAUCUAACCUCGACUUUGUUGGAUUCAUUGUCUUCGAGAACAAACUGAAGGACACAACAACCGGAGUCAUUGAGGAGUUAAUGGAGGCCAACAUCCGGACUGUGAUGUGCACAGGAGACAACAUCCUCACCGCCGUCAGCGUUGCUAGAGAGUGUGGAAUAAUCGACCGCUCUGCUCAUUGCUUCGUCCCUCGCUUUAUCGAUGGAGACGCCCACACAGCCCUCUCCAAGCUCACUUGGGAGAGUGUUGACAACCCGGUGUAUCAACUCGACGAAAAUACCUUGAAGCCACUUCCUCCUCCAGUGGAUCACGAUUCAUCGCUGCCUUAUGAUGUGGCAAACCUACGCAACUACUCAGUCGCCGUCAGCGGGGACGUGUUCCGUUGGAUUAUCGACUUUGCCUCGCCUAAGGUGCUUCGCGAAAUGCUCGUCAUCGGUCAAGUCUUCGCUCGAAUGUCACCUGAUGAGAAGCACGAACUGGUCGAAAAGCUCCAAAGCAUAGAAUACUGUGCCGGCUUUUGUGGUGACGGUGCCAAUGACUGUGGAGCGUUGAAAGCCGCAGACGUUGGCAUUUCUCUUUCCGAAGCGGAGGCCUCGGUUGCUGCGCCCUUUACCAGUCGCGUGUUUGACAUCUCCUGCGUACCAKAGGUCAUCCGCGAAGGGCGCGCCGCUCUCGUCACGAGCUUCAGCUGCUUCAAGUACAUGAGUUUGUACUCGGCGAUUCAGUUCACCUCUGUGAGCUUCCUCUAUGCCUCCGCCUCCAACUUGGGCGAUUUCCAAUUCCUCUACAUUGACUUGCUCCUGAUCCUCCCGAUUGCCAUUUUCAUGGGCUGGUCAGGACCAUACCCAGAACUUUCCCGCAAGCGACCCACGGCAAGCCUGGUUUCGCGAAAGGUUUUGACGCCGCUCAUUGGUCAAAUCGUCAUUUGCGUCUUGACACAAUUCAUCGGAUGGUGGUUUGUCAGGCGUCAAUCCUGGUAUCAGCCACCCAUUCUGGAUAAGGACCACUCCAACUCAAAGAAUUCUCAAAACACCACCCUUUUCUUGGUGUCUUGUUUCCAGUACAUUCYCUCGGCCAUUGUCCUCUCAGUCGGCAAACCUUUCCGGCAGUCGAUGCGCCAUAAUCUCCCAUYCGUCAUCACAAUGCUGGUGGCAUUGGCCAUUUCAGCGUACAUGCUUUUCGACCCAGCGCCUUGGCUGGAGGAUGUCAUGGAACUCACAUUCCUAUCACAAUCUUUCAAGAUCUUCAUCCUCAUACUGGGGCUAGGCUCUUUCGCGGUGUCGUACCUGUCCGAAAGGCAGAUACUCCCCCGUAUUGCGAGAUUGAUUGGGAAGGCCAUCCAUCGCUUUGGACAGCCGAAAAAGAGGAAGGAGUACAAGAUCAUAUUGGAAGAUAUGCGAAUAUAG